GGCCGCGGACCCUCCGCCCCUCCUCGCCCCGCCGGGGGCUGCGCAGAAGUUCCCGGAGCCCACUUUUCCGAGAAGUGGUUGGAGACUUGUGGGGACCCACCAGGCGCCAGGCGAGGUGCUGUCCCGCGCGACCCCAGGCUGGGUGGACAGGUCUGAUGGCUCCGUGACCACCCGAGUGCCGCGGCAGGACGGCCGUUUGCCCACAGACACACCCCGUCCUCCAGGAACAGCCGUCCCAGCGGAGUCCAGCGUGAAGGCAGAGAUGGCGCUGAGCCCAGAGUCAGGCAGUGCCACGCCCAGGCCACCUGGUGGCCCCAAUGUGUCCCUCAACAGCUCCUGGGCCAGCCCGACGGAGCCCAGCUCCUUGCAGGACCUGGUGGCCAUGGGGGCCCUCGGGGCAGUGCUCUCGGCCAUGGGUCUGGUGGGCAUGGUGGGCAACGUGUACACACUGGUGGUCACGUGCCGCUUCUUGCGCACCUCGGCCUCCCUGUACGCCUAUGUCGUGAACCUGGCCCUGGCAGACCUGCUGUACCUGCUCAGCAUCCCCUUCAUCGUGGCCACCUACAUCUCCAAGGACUGGCACUUUGGUGACGUGGGCUGCCGAGUCCUCUUCAGCCUGGACUUCCUGACCAUGCACGCCAGCAUCUUCACCCUGACCGUCAUGAGCAGUGAGCGCCACGCUGCCGUGUUGAGGCCCCUGGACACCGCGCAGCGCUCCAAGGGCUACCGCAAGCUGCUGGUGCUGGGCACCUGGCUGCUGGCCCUGCUGCUGACCCUGCCCAUGAUGCUCGCCAUCCGGCUGGUCCACAGGGGCCCCAAGAGUCUCUGCCUGCCGGCCUGGGGCCCACGUGCCCACCGCGCCUACCUGACGCUGCUCUUCGGGACCAGCAUCGUGGGGCCCGGCCUGGUCAUCGGGCUGCUCUAUGCCCGCCUGGCCCGGGCCUACUGGCUGUCACAGCUGGCCUCCUGCAGGCAGACACGGCGGCUGCCCAACCCCAGGGUGCUCCGCCUCAUCCUCAGCGUGGUCCUGCUCUUCUGGGCCUGCUUCCUGCCCUUCUGGCUGUGGCAGCUGCUCUCCCAGUACGAGGCCCUGCCGCUGGCGCCCCGGACAGCGCGCCUCGUCAACUACCUGACCACCUGCCUCACCUACGGCAACAGCUGCCUCAACCCCUUCCUCUACACGCUGCUCACCAAGAACUACCGCGAGCAUGUGCGGGGACGCCCCCGCUCCAGGGGCAGCAGUGGCCACGGGGGCACCAGCAGCUUCCUGCCCAGUCACGUCCACUUCCAGAGGAACUCAGGACACUCACUGUCCUCCAGCAGCCAACAGGCCACGGAGACCCUCAUACUGUCCCCUGUGGCCGCUGGUGGGGCCUGUGUCUGAGUCCCCUGUGUGAGCCUACUGGUCAGGGAGUCCAGGCAGGGAAGGCCCCAGCGCCCAGGUCAUGCCCUGCGGCCCUUCCCCAGCGCCCUCUCCCAGCUGGCCUCUACUGCUCUUCCUCCACCUUCUUCUGCCUCUCGCUGCUGCCCUCAGCAAGCUGGCCACGUCCCCACCAGGUGCAGAUGCUCCUCCCGCACACGUCUCUGGAGCCAGGCUGCCUCCCAGGCCCAUGGGGUCUGAUGCCCCGGCCUUGUGGUCCCAGAGCAGCCCUCUGCCCGCUUGGCUGGGAGGCCGUGGGCACCUCUUCCCUGCCCCUGCCCAGCCCUCCUGGCUCCUGCUCUUCCCUGCUGAGCCCUGGGCACAAUAAAGCCGGAGCCCUGCAGCCUCUGCCUCAGCACAGUGGCUGAGGAGGGUCACGGAGGAGGCUCCUGCCCCCGGGACCACGGCAUGUGGGGGGCAGCUGCCUGGCUGUGGGGGAUGCGUGUCAGGGGCUGGAACACACACAUGUGGCUACAAGGACUGCCCUCGGUGUCAGGGAUGACGUGGACAGGUGGCCUCCGGUCUCCUCUGGCAUGCUGGAAGGGGGAGCCGGGCCAGGGGGGCUGGGCCACCUCGUGAGCCAGCCCCGGGCCCCACAGCACCACACAACAGUGAACCACGAGGAGGAACCACAGGUGGCAGGAAGACCACAGGAACACGGCUCUGUGGGCAGGCGGGCCAGGAGGGCCCCUGUUCUGGACCCCACUUCUCUGGGAACCCUCCUGCCCUCCAGAGCCAAGGUGCCCCAGAGGGGGGACUUCCUGGAGCCACAGGGCUGUCCAUGGCCCCUGACCCCCUGAGGUGGACAUGACCAAAGUGUUGGGUCUCUUGGGGGCACGGGUGGCCUCACGGCCCAGGGAGAGUCACAGCACCUCAACAUGCCUGACCCCACCUGGAAGCUCUUCUGGAGCAGAGAGCAGGGGACCCCAGGGAUGAGCCUGAGAUGUGGCCUGGCCUGGUCCCUCCCAGCCAAGGUCAGGGAAGGGAACAUCAUGGGUCUCUGAGCACCUGAGACGUCCCAGAUGUCCCCACAGGCCCGACGGGAGUAGAGUCCUAGAGAAAGACACGUGUGCACAUGUCUGUGAGUGUGCACACCUCCAGGGCACCUCGGUGUGGAGAGGAGGGAGGGAGACCCAGGGGUGCAGAGGGCAGGUGAGCACUAGGCAGCAUCCUUGCAGAAACUGAGGUGGCGGCUGGUCAGCUGAGCACCAACGUUCCACCCCAGGGAGAGUCGGGCAGGUGUGCAGGGUCCUGCUGAGACAAAGCACUCCGCAGGCCGCAGGGGGCAAUGCAGCCCACAGGGGACACCUGGCCCUCACCUGGCCUCUCCUGGCUCCUCUCCUGGCCCUUUACCUGGUCCUCACCUGGCCCUCAUCUGGCCCUCACCUGGCUCCUCUCCUGGUCCUCACCUGGCCCUUCACCUGGCCUUCACCUGACCCUCACCUGGCCCUUUACCUGGCCUUCACCUGACCCUCACCUGGCCCUUUACCUGGCC